AUGACUGUUUCUGUGCGUGGAGGGACUGGUGGGGACUCUGCUCCUCCCAACAGUACCACACCUGUACAACAAGGUGGCCAAUCAAAUGACUCAGGUCAACAGCAGGACAAUGAGAACUCAGUUAUACAAAAUGAUGAUAGUUCUAGUCUAUUGUUACCUAAUGGAGAAGUGGCAUUUCCUCUUACUGAAUUGUCCAAAUUGGAUGAAAUGAUUAACAGGCCACGUUGGGUGGUACCUGUCCUUCCCAAGGGUGAACUGGAGGUUCUCCUUGAGGCAUCUAUCAAACUUUGCAGAGCAGGUAUGAGUUCAUGUAUAUGCUUUUGUCCAGAGAGAGAUAAGAGUUUUAUGAGGUUAGGGUUUCCUCUUUGUAGCUUGUUGAAAACAAAUAGGAGCAUAUUCAUGUAGUCCUGACCAGGAAUAUUUAUUGUUAAGUUUAGUGUGAUUCAUUAGCAGGAAUCAUGGACUGGAUGAGAUAUGCAAUAGUCAUACACAGUUUAUACCAGACAACAAAAAGUUCUAUAAAUGUGAUUUGAACAAAACUAAGUUUAUUUUGUGUGCAUACAUGUUAAGUAAUCCUAAAAUGUACGCAGAGUCUGUGAAAUCUGGAUGAAAAAACAUGUAUCUUCUUUAAAAUUAAUAAUGUUUUAAAAUUGACAGAGCUAGACACAAAGAGUGAAGAGUGCCAGAGGUUCUUUCGGGAUGGCUUGACCACAUCAUUUCAUAAAAUUCUUAAUGAUGAAGCAGUUAACGGGUGGAAGUAUGACAUUCAUGUAAGUCAUGUCUUUUUUCGGUUUUUGAUCGUGUGGAUCCAAAGUUAGAUUGAGUUUAGCCUAAGCUAUUGUGCCCAUGGAUGACUGCUACUCUCCUUGAUCGUUCAAGACUUGCAAGGCUUUUUAUUGUUCUAAAUAAUCACAGACCAUUAUGUUGGUCAACAGUGGUUGUCAUCUACAUGUACAGUAUUGUGCAAAAGUAACCCAAAUGGAAUUUGGCAAAUUUUGCUAUUUGUUCUAGCAAUCUUUCGUCAAAAGUUUGAACAAAAAUUUGAUUGAAAGUUUAAGGCAUGUUAAGCGACAUUUUGUUUGAACAAAAAAGGACACUUUUUUGUUGAAUUUUUGCCAUGAAGCAAAAAUUCGUGGUGGAAAGUGUCUCUUUGAUCAUUAGUGUUUGAAAUUUUGCUUCAAAUUGAUGAUAGCCUUCUGCGAUUGAUCAAGUUUGUUUUAUAUUCAUCUAAGCAACACAAAAUAUUUUUAAACAUGUUUCCAACCUUUUUCAGUCACCAUGACAGAGACACUUAAUAUUUUAGACUAAACAGUAGACUAAUGGACUUUUGUCCAACUAAACAGUAGACUAAUGGACUAAAAUUCACUAUAAUACAUGUACUUGGCUGAAAUUAUCUCCCAGACGAAUCCAGAUAUUUUGCACAUCAACUUCAGUUUCCUGAUGUUUAAUCAAGGCUAAACCAUCAUAUCCAGUUCAGUGUUCGAUCAGUUUACAACAACAAAAGUAACUAGGGAUGAAUAGCAAUUGCAACCAAGAGACAUGUAUUUGGUGGAAAUAAACUGUCAAAUGAUUGGUAUAGUUGUGUGAAAUAAAGGGAGUGAAAUACUUUACAUUUCACAACAACACUAAAUAUUAAUAAAUGACAGCUGAAGCAAUUAGUAUUUUGGUCAUGUUGCCCUAUUUUUGUGUAAAUUCUGUCAUCUUUUGCCAAUACUUAUUUUGCACUGUUCCCACAUACACUGUUCGUUUCCAUAGACAGCUUUUGAGGUCUUCCUGAUCAAGGUAAAUUUGCCAGAGAACCAGUGAGAGUGAGAUGCAACUUUCUAAUGAUGCAUGUAGUACUGGAAAAGCUCACCAGUAACCCUUCGCAUUUCAGUGCUUUCAGUAUUUCAGCUGGGUGGAGGCCUUGUUUGUGGAGGAUCUUGAUUUUUUUUGUAGAAUAAUUUGAGACUUUUGCCAUAAUGACUACCAAAAGUAGAGUACAUAAAUGAUCCCAAACGCAUCAACACAAUUGAUACACUGAGUGUUGCCAUGGUUGCAAACAACAUAGGUUGCGCCGAGACUCAAAUCGUAGCAGGAAAUUUCAUGUGAGUUUUACGUAGAGCAGUACCAAACCACAAAUUCAACCAAAUCUUUUUGAGAAGAAUGAACAAUAGCAACAGAUUUUCGUCCCAAAUAUUUGCCAUAUUGAAUGAAUUUUUGCUCGAAAUUUGAGUCACAUUAACACCAUCAAGGAAUAUGUUGCCAAAAUUUCGAGCCAUUCAAAACGAUGCAUGCCUUGAAAAUUCACAGAAAUGUUGUAGAAGUUUUGUUUCGGUCAAAAAUUUGUCAAAAAGCUAGGAAUUUCAUCGAAUUUUAUCGAAUUUCAUCAACAGGUGUUUGCAUUACUUUUGCACAAUACUCUACCUAGCACUUUAUAGUUUCAUCUUUUAAUGAUUUUUUUUCUUCUGUCUCAAUUAAUCAGUCCUAGAUUAUAUUUCACUGCCAUUGGGUACUGAGAUACCUUUCAUGCCUUAUUGCAAUUAAUGGUUGCAAUGAAUCUCUGCAACCUCCCCAUGAAGUUUAAUUUAGUGAAACCCUUGGACUCCCAGGUUUCUAGUCUUCUGUCUGUUUACCAUGUACACUUGUAUAUCAAGCUGCACCUCUCUUUUUUAAGCUUAUGUUUUGGGAAAUGUUCUCUCCUGAUUAAUUUAUUGUUAUUUCUUAUUAAAAGCUGUUUUAGAGCAAUGCUCAACAGUAAUUUGUCUUAGUUUGUUAUGUGUUUUUCAGAAUUAUCUUGAGAUACUUUUUAUGAUAAUGACACAGCCACAUCUGAAUAGUGUAUGGUUUGCUUGGGGAGCCAUAUCCAUGAGUUUUAGACAUAGUCUUUAAGUUAAUGGUGCACCACAACAAACUUAAAGGCCUUUUUUAUGGAACCUUAAAAUAUAACAGCUAAUGAGCAGGUGGAAAGUUUUGAUCAGAAUGUUGUAAUCAGUUUGUUUUUAUAAAUUGAAGUGUGUUUUAAAUUUCCAUUUUUAUCCAUUCAGAAAGCUAUCUUAAAGAACACAGAGAAGCUUGUAGAGUUGUGUGUUACAAAACUGAAUCAGGAUUGGUUUCCUCUUCUUGAUCUUCUAUCUUUAGUAUUUAAUCCUAUGUCCAGGUAUGUACAACUGUUUGGUCUUAGUAGCAAUUGUCAAUUCAUUUUUGCAGUUUUUCUAUUUUGAAAUUAAUGUUCAUUGUCCUUCAUCAUCCCUGGUCCCUUAACUGUGACAAUUUACAACUAGAGUUAUUGUUUUCUACCUCAGGCACACUAAUAUAAUUAUGUUUCACUUGAUAUCAUUUCAAAACGAUUUUUUUAUUUACCUAUUAAGUAUAUUUAAAGUAUUGUGGUAGACAUCUAGCCUCUACACUGUUCAAUUGAGAUUUGUUCGAAAUAUAAUUUGGUAGCUGACUGUUUUAACCAUACUAAUUUUACUACAUUUACCUGUGUAUUAUUCCUGUAUAGGGUAUGUGUCACUGUGUGUUUCUGCUUUUUAUCUUUUGAAGUAAAACUGUGCAGACUUAAUGUACUUAGAGUUACAUGUAUUUAACUUGUCAGAUUUAAUAUCUACAAUGGUGCUAGGCCUUCAGAGACAGUUCCACAGGGAGCUCAGGUCAGUUGGUAAAACAUUGUACUUAUUAAUGUGUUUAAAUGUAUUUAUCAUCACCAUCAUUAUUAUUUUUAACUUCCAUUAAGUAAAUGUAUAGAGGUUCUUUAUGUUCUCCGCACAAACCAAAAUGUAUUAGUAAAAAACAAAAAGGAAAAGUGUUAUUGACUUAAAGCAGUGCUCUUUUAACAAAUUUUAACAUCUGAAUUAGCAGGAGGCAAACUUUUUGCCAACAUAUACAAUGUAUCUUGUACACUGUAGACAAAGUAUAUACAUGUGCUGCCACUUACUUGAGCAUGGAACUUCCUGGUUUGGAUUUCUCAUUGCUCAGAACACUUAAUUGCUCUUCUCCUUUAUGAAGCACAUUAAUUUUUCAGCCAUACUUGUAUGCAACAUAGCUGAUCAAGAAUAUUCUUAUUCUUUCAUCCAGUCACCUGGUUGUUGUUUGCCAUUUUCUGAUGGUUUCAAAAGUUACAAUUAAAUAUUGUGUGACUGUAGGUUUGAAUACUGGCAGGUUGAUAAGCUUCUAAAAUUUGUCACCUCUCAUCUCUGACAUUGAAUGAUUGCAGUAAAUCAUCAGAAAUCUGCUCUUGCAGAAAUAAUCAGUUUUGUUAACAUAUGUUAUACAAAGAGAAAAUUACUCUAUAUUGUUUUAUGUUAUUUCUCUAGGUGGCUGAAAAUUUAAUUUAUGCCAGACCUCCUGAUGCCAGGUCACCAAAGGUACAUAUUUGUUUUAAUUGAUAAACUUACAUGUAGGUGCAAUACAGUUUGAGUGAAGCGACUCUCUCCACAGAUCAUGAGUAGUAUGCUUUGUGAAAGUUUUUUUUUGCCAUUAGGGAGGAGUUAAAUAUUGUAUUUGAAUGGAAAGGGUUAUCAUUUCACAGUUCCAAAGAAAAUAAGGGAAUUACUCAGACUCUACUUGUUUAGUCAGGUUUAGUUGAGGAUCCAAUUGCUUUCAACAACUUACAGCCAAGUGUAAAAGAUAUGUGAAGUGGAAUAAGAAUUGUGAUUUACAGCUUCAAGUUCAACCUUUCUGCCAUUUGGCAGAACAAUGAAAUGGUUAGCAGAAUAAAAUUUGGUCACCAAAAAAGACACUCUCAGCAAUAUUACAGGAUAUUCAAAACAGCUGACCACACCACUUGUAUUUGGAGCUACAUGUAGCAGUAAGCCAUGACUGUUCCAUACAUGAAAACAUACCCAAAUUUUGUUGGUGAAAUUUUAUUCUAGAUACUAUGAUGACUAAAACAGUCACAGCUGGUAGUACAAUAAUUUUGUCUUAAUAUCCACAUACAUAAUAUUAUACAUGUAACUGAGAGUAAUUUAUAUUCCCCUUUUUAUUGUAACCAAUGGCUCAAUUAAAUUUUAUCUUUGUAGGGAUGGCUUGUGGAUCUGGUGAACAAGUUUGGUGUCUUGGAAGGUUUUAGCACUUUACAGGAAAGAAUAUGUGAUGGCAGUAAUCUUAGUGUCCCACUCUUAGCAGCUCUCCUUAGGUUUGUCGUGCUGUAAAUUUUUAUACCUUACAUUGAACAUGCAAAUCCAACCAUAUUGGAAUCUAUUUGUGUCAGGGGUGGCUUUGGUCUCAAUUUUUACCCCUAUUUCAGGUGGUGUAAAUGUACAUGCAAAGCCAAAUCUCUGAGGAUUCAUGUAAAUGAUGGCUGUAAGCCAUUUUUUUAUCAGUAGCACUGAAAAGCAGUUGCAAGUUGUUGUCUAUUACAGAGCAAACUUUUAUGCAAAUCUUGAGGUGCUCUCUCUGCUUUGCUUGAGUUAGUAAGUCAUUUUUUUAUCAAUAGCACUGAAAAGCAGUCGCAAGUUGUUGUUUAUUACAGAGCAAACUUUUGUGCAAAAUCUUGAGGUGCUCUCUCUGCUUUGCUUGAGUGAGCAAGUCAUUGUUUAUUAUGCAGUGUGAUUGUAUUUGAUACUCAUAGUAGUAAAUCAUUCAUAGUACUGUAUAUUUAUUGAUAUGCAUAAGCAACAUUAGUGGUGUACAAAGUUAACAAUACAAUGCUUAAUUAAAAGAAAGAUAUGGUGUCAUGUCUUUGCACCUUUAUGAUUAUUUAAUGCAUGCAGUGUACACUGAUAAAUAAAAAAGAAUAAAAGAAACAUAGAAAAAUUUCAUGACAUAAACAUGCAAUACCCAACUAACAACAGCAAUGUGUUUUUAUUUUAGACCAUUUGGAUCCUGUGCAGAGGUUCUGACAACUAGCACCGUAGAAAAAUACUUUUUACCUGUUAUAGUGAGUAAUUUAGUUUCUGAAAAGAGCAAUGUUUUCCAUAGGAAAGAAGAAAGAAAAAUAGAAAAAAGUUGAAUUGCUUGGUCAAUAUUCAAACCCCAUACCCAUCAUGUGGGGGAAUUAAUAGGAAAUGAAAUCACAUUGUAAAAGGAAAAAUCAUUCAGUGUCACUUAACUAAUGCUGAAACUUUCAUUGAAGUGCUAGGUAGCUUUCUAGCAAAAAAGUAGAAGCUGUAAUUAUCAGGCUUUACUUACAGAUGGGGAUAAUCUCCAUCAUAACGUCUACAACAGUGUGUAUAAGCAAAUUUUCUAAAUUCUGCAGGAUUUUGUUCCAACAUUUCUUGAGAACUUAACUGAUGAUGAGCUUAAAAAAGAGGCCAAGAAUGAAGCAAAGAAUGAUGCUCUCUCAUCUAUUAUCAAGGUAUUUUUAAAAAAAGUUUAAGUGCUGAAUUCUUUGUAAAGAGCCUCACUCCCAGUUUGACUUUUUUUCAUAUGGCUACCUGGUGACCUAAAAGAACAAAAGAAUUAGCCAAGAACAUAAAGAAGAAACAAAGUAAAAAAAAGAGUAGAAGAGGAUUACUAUUUUUUGAUCUGUUGUGCCAUUUGACACCAUAAGUAUUGGGGAAUGACAAUGAAUACAGACUCCUACAGAACUGCUGAACAUACAUGUGCUGUAGGCUGUCAUAUUUCACUACAAAUUUAGUUGCCAAAUUUUUUUUCCUACUCAUCAUGGUGAUGAAUGAGGUUGCAAUUAAGAAUACUGUAGAGACUGGAUGGGAGGAAAGGAGAAUGAGCACCCUGCAAUGUUUGUUUAGAUUAUCAAAACAAAUCUUUUGUAGAUUGCGGUUACCAUCUUUACACCAGGAAAAGAGAGGGAAGGGAUUUUCUUGUUUCAACAAAUUCUCCCAGACUGUGAUUGAAGUAUUUGUAAACCUACAUUUAUAUAAGUUUGUGUGUUUAAAGUACAUGUAUUUCCUCUCAAUAAUGUUGAGUGCAUGAAAUUUUGCAAGUUAACUUUCAAUUGAGACUUCUGUUGUUUUUAGGCUCUUAAAAACCUGGCAGUUAGACUGACAUCUCGAGAAGACAUUGCCAAACAAUUGGAAACAUUUAAACUGAAAAUGAUACUCAGGUUGGUUAAAGAUAUAAAAUAUAAUUAAAAUCCUCAGUGUGGCUUCAGGGGCUGUUGUUAUUAUUUACCUUUUUACAUAUACUUCUUUCAAUAGAUUACUUCAAAUUUCUUCAUUUAAUGGAAAAAUGAAUGCACUAAAUGAGGUAAUGCAGUGAGGCUUUGUUCUGUACAAUACAUUUGCAUGUGAAGCAACUGGAGAUUAGUACACUCCCCUAAUUCUAGUAAUGUAUAGCCCUUAUGGGUCUUCUUUAAAAUUUGGGAUAAGCCAAUGAGUGCUUUAUCAAAUUUGUGACUUAAUAUGAUCAUGUUUGUUGUACAGCAUUUGUAUGUUAAGAGCAGCAACAGCUGCUUAACUGUACUGUACUUUACUCUCGGGCCAUUCACAAACUAAAAAAGAAUCAAUUAAAAAAAUAUGAAAUUCAGUGAAUUUGUAUGUAAGCGAGGGUGUGCAAGAUGGGGGCACUUAUUCCAAAUUUUUACAGAUACAUGUAGGAGGGGUGACUUUUCAAAGGAAGGCACUAAUUAAAGGAUAUUUGGUUCCAGCUGUGUUUAUGUGCAAAACACAAUUGUACUGAUAUUGAUUUAUAUAAAUAUAUAUAUAUAUUUUUUUUUUUUUUCCUUUUUCAGAUAAACAAAGUUAUCACAGGUGUAUCAUACUUCACUCACAGACACACGGUAGCAGAAGAGGAGGAGUGGCUAACAGCAGAGAGGAUGGCUGUGAGUAUUAAACACAUCAUACUCGCAUAUCUACAUAAAAAUAAAUUAUGUAUACCAGGCACAGAGUUUAAAGAGCUACUAUACAAUACUGACACUUACACAUUCAACAAAAUCCAAAUGGUUAACAAACAAUUCCAAUUACCCACUUAUGUAUAUACCUACACUGUACAUGUAUUAAGUUAGCCUCUACUACAGUGUAAUUACAGUACCUUUCACUACUGUAUUUUACUUACCUUACAGGAGUGGAUCCAGAAAAACGGAGUCCUUUCAAUAGUGUUAAAAGACAAUCUUCAUCAACCUCAGGUUACUGAUUGUAGAUAUGAUUACACAAAGCUGAACUAUUAGAAGGGUUUUGAUGUACUUGUCCUUGGUAACCCUGGUGUCUUUAAGAAACUUUCAUAGAGCAGAGUUAUAGAGGCUGCUUGGUGACAACAUUUUGUCAGCCAUUGCACCUCAGCUCUGUUGUGGCACUGCCAUGUUAUAUUUACUGUUUUAAUCAUAUAUUUUGCAAUUGAUGCAAAGCCUACAUUGUGUGUAAAGACAAUAAAACCUUAAAGAGUUGCUGCAUACAUUGCUCAGUUAUGUAUAUGUUUGUGGUGCAUUAGGUUUUUCCAUGUUCACUUUUUACUUUCCUUUACUUCGUAUUAUCAAAAGAAAUAUAAAUAAGAAUUGAGAUGUCGAUUAAAAUAUUAGGAUAAUUUUGAAACAGAACAAGCAUGCAUGUUGCUAAAUACUUAUCUAGCAAUGAUGCUCUCAAUAAUGUGCAUAAAAUGCACAGUAUAUAGAGUGACAUGUUUAUAUUUGUUUAUUCUAGUAUGUUGAAAAAUUGGAGAAAAUUUUGCGGUUUGUUAUAAAGGAAAAGGCUUUGUCUUUAGAAGAUUUGGACAACAUUUGGGCUGCUCAGGUUUGUAUAUAAAGUUGACCCUUACUAUACGUGUACAUGUACUGUAUGGUGCUGGCCCCGGUUGUUUAAAGGUUGGAUAACACUAUCCACUGGAUAAAUCUAUGUAAGGUGGAUAACGCUAUAUGUUUUGCUAUCACUUAUCUGCUGGAUAGUGAUUUAUCCAUUGUAUAGCAUUAUCCGCCCUUUAUACAACUGGACCCUGGUUUUCAAGUUAGGUUUCUUCAUUCUUGUGACACUGAUCUUUUUCAAAUGUUUCUUGCAGGCUGGAAAACAUGAUGCAAUUGUAAAGAAUAUCCACGACCUUUUGGCCAAAUUAGCAUGGGAUUUUUCUGCUGAACAGCUAGAUCAUCUGUUUUCUUGUUUCCAGGUAAAAAAAAAUUACUUCUGUGGUCUCUUCUUCCAAAUUUGCAUAAAAGCAGUUUUUUCUGAUUUGGAAUUUGUCAAAGAACAAAUUUCACUCCAAAGGUGUAAUUUAGGAUGGGAAUAGUCAUCUUCAAACCCUUUUUUGUUUUCUUUUGUAUAUUGAUCAAGAAUUUAAAUUGUUGUCAAACUCGUAGCAAUGAAAGCUGCUUAAAUCUUUUUUGGAUAAAUUAGGAAUGUUUUGUUUUCUUUUGGUUUUUGUAGGAAAGCUGGACGAAUGCUAGUAAAAAGCAGAGGGAAAAACUGUUGGAGUUAAUAAGACGUUUAGCAGAAGAUGACAAAGAAGGAAUCAUGGCACACAAGGUGAAUGGAACACAGAGUUUAUUUCUACAUUACAUACAUGUAUGGUCAAAUUGGCAGAAUUGGUAAUCAGAUCUUCAGCCCACUUGAAGUCAAUAAGGUUGUAAAACUCUUUGGAGUAUCAUAUUGCAAUGGGUGAUUAAUUUUUGUAGAAACCUCUUACUAGUAAUAUUGGAGAUAGGAGGAGAGGUUGCAGGGGCAUACAUGUACAAACACAUGUAUGUACUUCUUCUUUAACAAGGGCUAAGGAUCCGGGCUAUGAUACAUGUAAGCCAUUUGCUUGUUGUUAUGCAAAAACCUGAAUUUUCUUACCCUGUUGUUGUGUUUAUGUAGGUGUUGGGUUUAUUGUGGAACCUUGCUCACAGUGAAGAUGUCCCAACAGACAUCAUGGACUUAGCUUUAAGUGCACAUAUCAAGAUUCUGGACUACAGUUGCUCACAGGUGACUUAGUGGAUGUAGUGGCACUAUAUUCAAUUGAAUUAUACUUGCUUGUGAGCCCCCAUUAAUGUCUUUGCAACUGGGGCCUGUUAAUUUGUUGAUGGUACAUUGAUAUAAUCCAGUUCUUGCAUGAAAUUGUGUUGCAGGACCGUGAUUCUCAAAAAACAGAGUGGAUUGGUCGUUGUAUAGAAGAGCUACGUAGUGACACUUGGGUUUUACCUGCACUCAAGCAAAUCAAAGAAAUAUGUUCCCUUUUUUAUGAGGUAUAUUUUUUAGUUAGGUUGUUGCAUUUUUACACUGGUGAUCACUGUCAAUGUAGUCUUUUGAUAUUAUUUUGCUCCACAUUUUGGACAGUUUGCAUGGUCCUAGUGUAGUGCUGCUCAGCACAUCAUGUUGUUUUAAAGCUGUAUAAUCAUUAUUGUUUGUACUCUUUACCUUGUAAGGCUCCACAAAACUACUCUCACACUCAGCGUAACCCUCAUGUAUAUUAUCGACAUGAAGUUAUAAAUCAGCUGCAACAAACUCACUCCUUGGUAAAGUUAGUUGCUGAUAAUCUUGCAACCUACAUGCAGAAAGUGCACACUCUGAUGGAAGGUAGGAUCUUUGAUUUUCCUUUGUAACUGAUAAUUAUUUCAAAGAUGAAUCACUAUUGUGAAUAAUUUGUAAAUGUUCUGCUAUUCACAGCUCAGAUUGGCUAAUAUCCCCAAAAGCACAACAAAAUGUUGCAAAAUAAUUAUCUCCAAAUGAUUGCAAGUCAUGGCUGUGAUUAUUGACUUGAAUAAGAAAUGCAAAAUAACAAACAAACAAGCAAACACAAACAAAUAAAACUGCAAUAUAUAUAAAAAUUUAGAGCAUAUUUAUACCUACAUGUAGGUGAAAGAACAUGAAAGGUGGAAGGAGUGAUACUAAUACUAAAGUCUUUCUCAGUUAAGAAUUAACCUUAGGAUACCAUGGUUGUCAUCUAGUGAGCUGAGUUGAUUUGGUUGUAUCAGCUGAGUUGAUGAUAUUAAUUGGCCAUUUAAAGAGUUAACGUGAGCCCUUUAACAGAGCAAAAACUAGUCCAGCAUAGUAAAUAAACAAAACAUUUAUACACAAUUAUGUUUCAAUAAGUGCACUACAAUUUAUGGCAGGUGUUUCAAACAGAAAAAAACUUUAGUAACCUUUAAGCCAAACUGUGUUUUUUUGGGAUAAUCAAGACAGUAACUGACUGUAAUAUGUGUCUUAGGCAAACCAGAUGUAGUCCCAAGUGAUAUAAAAAUUGAUGGAAGGUACAAUCAUGUGACCCAAGUACAGGAGAGACUUAACUUUCUCAGGUACUGAGUGUAUGUGAAACAGAUCUGAAAGGACCAGAGAGUUGUACAGUGUAUAUACACAGCUCAUACACAAAUUUUUAAAAACAAGAAGCCUUAUUACACAUGUCAAAAAAUUUCCCAUUUCUUUGUCAGCGUUGACAACAAGUGAACUAGACUUCCUGAAAAAAGAAAGAGAGAUAGAUAGUGUAGUGUUUCAACAAAAACUUGUCAAGACUUUUCUGUACAUUAAAGUGGUCAUACUUUAUUGAUAGCCUUUAACUGACCCCACCAAGCCUCAAGAAACAACUACAUGCCAUUCAUAUUUUUAAGUGCCAGUUAAAAAAUCUUAUUUUUUGUACAUCCAGUGAAAAUUGAUACCUAACACAAUGCAGACUGAAUUUUUUCCUAGAAAGUGGUGGCAGGGUUGUCUUAAGCAAAAUUUGAUGAUUCUCAGAAGAAAGACUUAUCAUCACUGCAUAAAAUUAGAGACAGCUGUAAGGCCAGUAAAGCAGUAAUAUGGUGAAACAGGCAUCUUACUUUCCUUAGUUAUGAAGUGUACUUGUACUUUACUAGUGAUAAUUCAAACAAAGAAAUGUUUAUUUUGCUAACAAAGACAAAGCACCGUGUAGCGCCCAAACAGACCAAAUACUUGAUUGAAUCUCUGCCCUUGAACAGUAAGUAAACAACUGUCUGUUAGCUAAUCUGUUUCAUAUACUUCUUUUUUUAGGUUUCUUCUCAAGGAUGGACAGUUAUGGCUAUGUGAACACCAAGCCAAAUUGGUAAGUCAACAUUGAUAUCUGUCAGUUACUAAAUUUUCAAUUAUCAGUCAGUGAAUUGGUUAAUUAGGGGCUGAGUGGUUUUGUGACUGAGUUAUCUACUUCAUUUUGUUACAGAUCUGGCAGUGUCUUGCAGAAAAAGCCGUUUUAUCAUCAGAUAGGGAGAGUUGCUUCAAGUGGUUUUCAAAAGUAAUAAAAGUUGUGGUCUACCUUAAUAAUAACGCAUGUACAGUUUUGUAUGAUUUUAUGAGGCCUAAUAUUUAGUAAUUUAUUUGGUGUUCAUUUUGAAACACUAGUCAGUUCACAAAUUCAAAACUUUUGGGAUGCAAAACAUUUGCAAGGACAAAGGUAUAAGAAGACUAAUAGUAUACACAUGUAAAGUGCAGCAUUCAUGUUGCAAUAAUUGAUAUGAUUGAUUUACAAUGUAACUGUAUUUCUGUAAUGUCCUUAAUCAAGGUGAACAUUUGCAGAUGUUCUGCCCAACUCCUCAAUUGUCGGCUAUGGCAUGGAUGCAUUAUUUUACCUUUUUUUUUAUUCUGUAGUUGAUGGGGGAUGAACCAGACGUAGAUCCUGAAAUCUGCAGAUCAUUCUUUGAAGGCAAUGUCCUCAAGUUAGAUCCUUCUCUGUUAACAGAAAAUGGCAUAAGGUUUGUGAUAAAAAAAAAAGUUUAGUGGGGUGCACAUUGCACUAUUUUGCACCAUCCUUUUAGUACAUGGUACUGUGUAAAAAUAAUAAACAAUUAUUGGCAAAUUUCCUAGCUGCACAGGGCUUUUUGAUCAAAAUUCCAUCCAAACUUUAUUUUUGUGAUAUUUCCAAAAAUUAGAGGCAGUUGAUUUGCUGUGAAUGUUAAUGAGUCAAAAAUCAUAGGGAAACUUUGCUCCUCCCAAUCAUUCGCAGAGAUGUUUCAUAACCAAACCUGUAAGGUGCAUUCCUUCAAAACAUGCUACUUUCCAUCAGUUUGGAGGUUUUGAAGGUUUUUUUGUUUAUCACAAAUGAAAGAAACUUCUAAACUUAUGGAACACAAGAAAAUUUUUUGGUCUUUAACCACUUGUAUUUUCACAUCCAAAGAGGAAAGCUGCAUUAAACCUCAAAAUAAUUUUCAAUGAACAAAACUUGCAAAUCCAAUAUUUUUUUCCUUUUUCAUAUCAGGUGUUUUGAAAGAUUCUUUAGAGGAGUCAAUGUCAAAGAAGGUAAACUAGUAGCUAAGAGAAGAGCGUACUUAAUGGAGGAUUUGGAUUUGAUAGGAGUGGAUUACUUAUGGCAGGUAAUUACUCAUUGUUCAUGCUGAAACUACAUAUUUAGUUCUAUGAUGUAUUAUCUGAAUGCUCCUUUGCAUCUCAGUAUUUGUCAAACAGGGUUGAAUAUUUUUGUUCAUACUGAAAGUGUUUUGUUACAUCAUUGCAUCACUUCUGAAAGGAGUCUUCAUGAUUUUAAUGUUAUUCUCAACCCUAAAGCUUAUAGAAAGUUGUGUGGACUUCAAAAUCAAACAAAACAGAGAGUCAUUUUGAUCUAGGAAAAUCGUCUACUUCUCUGGUUUUACAUAAGUUGCAAAUACACAUGCAUAGCUAUUACCAUUGCAGUUUACAGUUUUUCAAUGGUUAAGAAUUUUUCUAACCAGUGUCAUCUGCCAUGAUUUUCAGGUGGUACUUCAAGGUUCAGAUGACAUAGCUGGUCGUGCCAUUGAACUGCUCAAGGAGACUUUCACCUCCCUGGGACCUAAACUGAGGGCUACACAGGUAUUUUGAAAAAUUGACAUUCAGAGGACAAGUCAAAUUGACCAAUAAAUGCAUAUCUUUUCUUCAUUUUUGAUCAAAAAUUUGGUUGAGUUUCUGAUGUCAUUACUCUGCAAAUUUGCAUAUUUUAGAACUUGAAUGGCUAUUGAGAAGAAGAGAUGUGUGGAAGUAUUUAAUAGCUUUGUUCUUCCCAUGUAGACUUUAGAUUAGACUGUCAUCAUAGUAGUAUGUACAGAUGUACAAUGCAGUGAUACCCGAAAUAAGCUAGGAAUUAGUUUGAAUGUCAUUUCAUACACUAAAAGACUAAUAUAUAUUAUUUCAGUGAAAUAUUCCUUCUAAGAAUGUGGAAAAUUGAUAAUCUGGUAGAUCAAAACUUCUUGCCUGAAAAAUUAUAUUUUAUUUUUUAAUUACCUAUAUGAAGUUGCUAUGUAAUAUUGAUACUUCUACAGGUUGACAUUCAUGAGAAGUUCAUCCUGAAUUGUACAAACCAGAUUCGCCAAUCAGCAGAUGUAUUUUCUAAUAAGGGUACAGAGAUCACACGUAUUGAAGACAAGUCUCCAAUUCCAAAGGAAAAGCUUCAGCAAGAAGCAAAGAAAACAGUGAGAUGUCUGACAGUUCUUAAAGAAUAUGUUGCUGAGUGUGAUGAUGAACAUGCAGAGGAACGAGCAAUCUUACCUCAUGGAAGGUAGAUAUUGUGUUCCAAUUAUCUUCUAAAUGAUGCACUAGGUGACUAAAUGUUUCUCUGCUCUGUAGGUCAUGCCGUGGCCGACAUGUUUCACUUAUUGUCAGAUUCCCAUCCCAUGGCCGCCAGGGAGAAGACUUUGAGAUUUGGUCACACACAAACGAGUCUAUUGCGUCCGUCAGACGACAAGUCAUGAGCAGGUUUUUUGUUUAUUUUUUUGAAUUUGAAAGAUAGUAACACUUAUGGUGUUUUCGUUAAUAUUGCUAAAUUAUUGCUUGUCUGUUUGUUACAACAGGUUGAAGAACUCUUUACAGACAGCCAGGCUUGAUCUGUAUGUCAAUGGAGAGAUCCUCUGUCCUUCUGAUGACAAGAGACUAAUUUCACAAGUGCCAUUGAGAGACAGGACAGUAAGUGAUAAACUUGUAUUUCACUUAUGAAUGAAUUUGCAUUUGACCGUUGUGUUGUUGUUGUUGUUUUGGUUUUUUUUAAUUGAUCCUUAUCUCACAUCAUUAGAAACUAAUUAUUUUUCCUGUGGAAAGGGACAUCAUUUAAAUCUUAUGCCAAAAUUGCUAAGAGGAAUAAUAUUCAGAUCUAAGAAUUUUUAAAGAUUAAAUAUUUUGCAUGAAUUUAUCCCAUCAUAGAUAGUAAUUUUGUUGGACUUGUUAUUGUUCUCACAAAUGUUUUUUUAAAUGAUGAUAUCAGUUUUAAGGUGGUACCAGGGGUUAACCUGACCUUUUUGGAUUGCUUUUAUUUUCUCACAUAUGAAAGAUUUUUGUUUAAAUCUAGCCUAUUUGCAGAAUAUGAUGAUAGGAAAAUGUGCCUUUAUUUGAAAUACAAGCAGGAAAAGUUUUGUUUUGAAUGAUGAUACUUGUGGCAAAAUUUCAAGGCAUUGCAACGAAUCUGUCAUGAGAUAUCUUAUUCCAAAAACUGUUGAAAAUUCACCAAAUUUUUCCUCUUGUACCCCCAUGUUGUUUUCAUGAAUUGAAUUAAGGAUCAAAUUUCUAUUAACAGUUAAUAACAGCCAAGAUUGGAACAAUGAAUAGCUCCAUGCCAUCAUCACCUGAUUCAUCAUCAGACUCAUCAGGGGGGUCUACACCAGCUGCUCUGGAUGGUCCAAACUUAGAUGCUGAGAACUGCCUUCCAGGAGUGGUAAUGAAGAUUAAAAGAUGAAUUUUUGGUUAACAAAUCAUAAACCACAAUUGCAAAUUUUGGUUUUGUGUACAGGUGUAUGUUCGUGGUUGUAUCUUUUAUGAAGCAUAUAACAGUGAACUUACUUACUUUGAUUAACAAAUUUCAAAUGUUUUCCUGAUUAAAUGAUACCAGAACACUUGUACUUUUAGAAAGGUUACACCACUGUUGCCUUACAUUUUGUAAUAAGCAUACUGUGUCGUCAAAGAGAACAACUACCUUGUUGAGGUACAGUCGUGUUCAGCACCUGAUUUAUGAUACCCAUUAAUUGUUAUCUUUAGAUGUUGUCCAAACGGCACAGCUUUAUGCAAUACCUAAUCGAUCUAUCUGAUCAAGGUAUAGCUCAUAACAUUCCAGAUCUAAGGGAGAGAGUUCAACAACUCCUUAAUCUCAUACCAUCAGGUGAGUGUUCAUAUGCAACAAUUAAUUUCCAACAGUUUUGUUAAAUGUCAAUAUUGGCUUGAAUUACAUUUUCAGUCCUCUACAUUUUAAAACAACAUGUGAAUGAUUUUCUUCUAGACACAGAGACAGUUGGAAAUAUCAAGAACGUUUGUCGAGCAUCUUCAGAAAACAGUUCCAAAACAUCUUCUCCUUUACUUGACAACAUGUUCUUUAUAUCCUCUUCAACACAAGUUCUUUAUAACCUAGAGGUAUAGUACAUGAUGUUUGCCAAAUAAAUAGAUACGGUGAGAAGCAUAUAAACUUUAAGUGGUAUGAUAUUAAAAAACAAGGUGGGGUCUGUAAGCUGAUCAGUCAAUGGCAUGCAUACAUCUCUACCCAAAUAUGGAAUUAAACUAUUGAGGUGCUAAUAAUGAUUGUAAACAAAAUACAUGUAUGUGCUGCUUCACCCUUGAUUUCCCAGCAAAAAUUUAUCUUGAGCAUUACUCUAUGGUAAUGGAGGUAUGGUAAUAUUCUGUAGCUGUUCCUUGACAUGGAUGUCACCUUUAUUCCUUAUUUUCUUUAAGAUUGUUUAUUCCCUUCUAAUGCCAGCUGCAUUACCCAGUCAAGAUCACCAAACUUUAGAAUUCCAGGUGCGUACUGUAUGUGUAGGAUGUAUGUCUUAAAUGAAGAAACAUUAACGCUUGUGGGGCACUUAUGCUGCUUAGCCUUCUUAUUCCAAAAUCUCAACCUCAGUAUGCAGUAAAUCAGACUGAACUUCCAUCAAAAUUAAUGGUAAUCAUAUUAAUCAUAGCAUAUUGUAUUAAUUUAAUUGUGUGAAUUUGAAGGUCAACUUUUUGAAAUGUGGAGGCAUUCAAUGCAUUCUUAAUAUGCUGACAAGUACAGAAUUCCUUCAACAUGCUGAUGUAAUCACCAAAAGGUACACAAUAGAAUAGAGACACUGAGCAAUGAAGUGAGGCACCAAUCCUUAUUGAGGGUAGUCUGUCAUUGUUUGACAGAAAGACAAAAUUGAUAAUAAACUUGAUUUGGACAAAAUAUGUGGGUUGCAUUAUUAGAAACAUUGCUGUCUCCUUAAUUGUUACCUGUGUGUAGCUGUUUUGUCACAUUAGGUUGGUGGCAUUUUCAGUACCUUUUUAUAUGAGUAGAGUGAAACAUACUUUUACCAGUUACUCUUAAGCAUGCAACCUUAUGUUUUGAAGGUUAAAAUUUACAUGAAGCUAGAUUUAUGAAUUGUUUUCUAUCAACAUUUACAGUACAGUACAUUUACAAUAUUUCCCUUCUUGUCGUCUCACUUACAGAGCUGCAUUCUACACACUCCUUAAAAUGGCCAAGUUGUUGCUGACAGUAGUGGGUUACGCUCAAGUAACAGUGGUAGCAGAAGCUAUUCAACCCUCAGACCCAUCCUGUUCCCCUCCUCCAAUCUCUGCUAGUGCUCAUAAUGCGGCAGUCAUAUUACAGCAAGCCUUGCAGUAUAUUCCUAACCCUGGCACAGAGUGCAUGUUACGGAACAUGGCUGUUAGACUUGCCACUCACUUGAGUAGCCAGGUAAGUAGGUACAGAAAAUAACACACUCAGGAUGUGGGUGACAAAAUAUUGUUGCAAUUUAGUUUUGAGUACAAGAAAAUGAAAAAAAAGGGAAAAAAAGAGAAAAAAUUUGGUGUGGCUAUAAUUAAAAAAAUUCCUUGAUGUCAGCACUAGAUUGUGACAUGUAGAAACUCACACCUCUUUUUGUCUUUCUUUAUGUGAGGCUAGAAAUAAUUUAUAUUCUGCUUGUCAAUAUCUUGAUAUAUCAAACUUCUGUAGGUUACAGAGCCUUUACCCGAUCUAAAUGCAGUCAAGUCUGUGCAGCGGUUAUCUUGGGCUGCAGGUGUGGGCAUGCUACAUCUUAUACAGUCAACAAAUGAAGAAAUACAUAAAGCCUAUGAUUCAAAGGUGAGAUUUUAAAUUUUUCUCUUAACAGUUUUCUUUUUCUUAUUCAAAUUUGUGAAAAGAAAAUGAGGGAAAUAGCUGUUUGGCAAACGAACACAGUUUUUAAAUUGCACACGACACCGGGUACUUUUUACUCCUACAAAGUUUUGAAGUUGUGUAAAGAAACUCAGUGACAGCCUUGGUGAGCUCACUCUGUUUAUUUUGGUGUAAAUAUCUCCUCACUUAAAUUCAUGAGGUGGAAUGUGGACAAAUACGGUUUUUUUCUUGUUUGCAGACAAGUACAAAAAGUCUUGAUAAUGAUGACAUUCAAGUGGCAAGAGAAGCACUUGAGGUAAGUUAUUCCAUUCCUUAUUAUACUUUAUUACUAUAUUUAAUUCUCAAAAACAGUAGUUUUUAACGAAUCAAACAAAAAAGGAGACUGUCUUUACUGCUCUGUAAAGAGUUCUACUGUGUUUUAUUAUCUUGAGAUCAAUUACCUGUUUGAAGUAGAGCACAACAUGAGUUAUUAACACAUGAUAAAUUAUUAACAGUAACUUCACUGAGUCUGAUCUGGAGACUUGUACAGAAUGAGAAACAUCUCCUGGUUUCAUGACGCUGAAUUAAAUAACAUACUAAAGCUGUAUGAACUAUUAGUAGGAGCGAGUAACAAGUACACAUGCAAUUUAUGGUCUAAGCUCUUUGUGUAAUUCCUUUUCUAUUGUAGGUGUUGAGUGUGUGUUUAGCCUUAUGUCCAAGUCUUCUUGAAACUCUCACAAAGGACAAAUCCUGGCAAUGUUUUAUCAUUGAUCUCCUUAUCAUGUGUCAAAGCAGGUAUUCUAAUUUGUAUAUUUUUGUUUUUUCAUGCAAUGUACCACAUUCCUUGAAAUAAUGCUUUAAAGGAAAAUCAUAGCCUGUUUGUAUAUGACAGACUUUGGCAGUGUGUAGCUGAUCUUUUUUUCUGUUUCAUUCUGUGUAGAGCCAUCCGAUGUAGCACAGCAGAACAGUUCUUUCUCAUUGCCACACGAUGUUCCCACGGUCACAGACCACUUAUCUUUUUCAUUACACUUCUUUUUACUGUGCUUGUGGUGAGUGUUUAUAGAUACUUUGUCUGUAGACAUGGCACUCACUCUUUGUUUAACCAAGGUGGAUUUAGUUUAAUUUUAAGGUCAUAACUUGGCUUUAAACCAGUGACUAGCUUAUACUUAAUUUCAAAUUGUGGUAAUAAUGGAGAUAAAUAGUAACUCGUGAACAUGCGAUUAGGAAUCCCUCUGCAGUAGAGGACCAGACUGCUAACAUCUUGAAUUCACGAACAGUGCUUUGAGCGCGAAUCUUAACGAGUUUGCUGGAAAAUUCCAAAAGGCAUCUAAUUAGUCUUUUGGCUGAGACGAAACGGUGCAUCAUACCAACAAAGAAGUAUUUUUGACAAGUAUUUGACAAUUUUUUCUUUGCAUGAUGCAAAAAUUUUACCGUUCAGGUCAUACUCUAGUGACCUACUUCAGUAAAAUAUGACCUUAACGACGAGGUCGUGCUACUUAAGAUGUCAGUUAUUACAACAGGAAAAGGAUCAUACGUUAUUUCAACCAGAUCGACUUCUGCUUGAUAACUAAUUGUAGUGUUUCACUUUUUGGCUGAUGUGAACUAAGCGUUACUGUUUUGUACCUCACUCUUAGACAUGUUAGGCAAACAAACUCUUUUGUUAUUACCAAAUAGUGUUCUGCUCCAUGCGUUGUAUUUGUGAUUGCCGUUAUUACUUUGUUGACUUGUUAGCUUUGACUUUCGCUUGCAGAACUCUAUUAAGGAUCAUGCUGGCUCCUCAUAUGAAUACUUUAGCUUGUUUUGCAAGUGAGUAGCAAUAAGAGCGUGGUUAGUCAUAGUGGUUAAUAAAUAAGCGUUAUCGACCAAGCGUGAGGUCAAGAUGGUUGGAUAUUGGUUGAGGUCAUUUUUUUUGCGUUUCUAUGGACUAAGACAAAGUCGAAGUCGUGAAAACGGAAAAGAAGACGAGGCUAAUAUCCAGCAAUCUUGACCGAACAAGCUUGGUCAAUGAAGGAUUUAUUAUAUAACAAAAAGAUUUUGCUUUGUUAAGAAUCAAGAAUUACUUGUUUAUUUCGAGAGACGGGAGGGAAAGCUAACUGUCCAUGUAGCAUAAUAAACCCACGAGAGCCGUUAUGUUUUCUUAAUUUGACUAUUUUUAAUGCUUUUAGCGACCCCACCGCACACACUGUCAAAAAAAAACGAACCUUUUUGUAAGUUCACCUCGAGCAAUUUUCUUUUCUCGCGCGGGAUCAAAGUGAGCAAUCUUGAGCGGACAGAUGGGCUGGAUAGCCAAUCAGAACACAGGAUUCGCUUCAUAUUGCCAACGGGCACUGCCAGCGAUAUGAUAAAGGACAAUAGUGGUAACGAGUUAUACUUUUCAACAGGAAUAAUGAAUUGAAACCAUAGUGAGAUGUCAUUUGGAUGAUUAGAUUGAAUUGCCCUUUCUCCCUUCAUAAACAAAGAAAUCGUGAAACUUCAACUAAAAGUUUGAUUGCUUGAGUUAAUAUUUGCACAUACCUAUACAAAUCUUACAUGCAUCUUUAACUUUGAGCAAACUAUCCAUGCAUUAGUGCCUUUCAACGAAAACGGGAAGUGUUUCCUUUCAAGCUGGAUAGUAUUUUGUACCUUACAAGUUUAGUUCCAUGACCAGUGUGUUAUAGAAUGUGCAUUGGAUUAGCCUGCACUUUUAAUCAAAUUACAUUCUUGGUUUUAAUUCAUAGAUUACUUGCCCAUGCCUUCUUAACCCAUUGUCCCCUGCCCACGGCUGAGAUGAUGCUGAACACUGAAAUAACAUGGCUCAAAAAAGCAAAGGUUAGUUACUAGGAUUAUGACUCACUUAAAAUCUAUUCCAAAUUUUGAUUCCAUAAGUGAUCGUACUUGAUUUGUGCCGGAUGAUUAUCUUUGAAUCUACGAUUUACUACUUAAAGUACCUUCUUCUUUUACGAUAUUAACUCGAAUUAAGAUCUCCUUUUCAUUGUGAAAUAAAAACAAAUGCCGUAAAGCUGUCACGAUAUUAACUUAUGAGUAGGCUCCCAUUUCCAACAAGCGAGGUCCACAAGGGGCCUGGCACGAAAAUGAACAGCAGACUCUUCACAGACGUCUCGCUGCUCACUCCGCAGCGCUAACGUUCUCAGGCUAUCACAGUACGAGUUUUACUGAUGGCUGAUUCAUUUCUGUUGUUUAUUUCAGGAUUUAGUGCUAUCAUCUGAGGAAGGUAGCUCUGCAGUGGAUGACUCCCUGUUAGAAGGUCACCUUGGAGUUACAAGAGAAUUAUUACUUUUCCAGUCAGCUCAGAAGAAAUUUGCAAUUGGCUCACAAAAGGAUGGGCCAAACCUUAUUAAGGUAUAGAUAUCAAAUAGAUAUUUUAGAAACUUUAACAAUACUUUAGGCAUCUUGAAAUACAGCUUGCCCAUUGUAUAUGAAUGAAACAGAAUUGUUCAAUGUCGAUUUUUGGUCUUGAACUUUUUUGCUUCUGUGACCAUUUUUGUAGAUUAAUAAGUCUAUUUUAUUGUUAAUUCAACAAACAUGUAAUGAAAAAUCUGCAUGUGAAGCAGAUAAUCUAGCCCACACUUACUACACUUUAGUAGGUCAUUAAGUUUGUCGUUUUGUAUUUGAAUAAGUUGAAAAUUGUUUCCUUCUAGGAUCUUGUGGAGGACUUCAUCUUCCCUGCAUCCAAGCUUAUCAUCGAUGCUAGGAAUGGUAAUGGUAAGGAAUACAGUUUUGUCCUAUGUUUUGCUUUUCAAAGCCAAUUACCUGUUGAUAGAAACUGGCUUUGGUUAGAAUCUGCCAUACCAGUAUUGUAACCAUGUAAUUUCUUUUGCUAGAUGACGUCUGGAACAAAAGAGUCACAGCAAUCUGCUCUACCCAGACCACCAUGGUAGCUGCUUUUGAUCUCUUAGUUGCUCUUUGCAGAGGCUGUGUUCAAAAUCUUAAAGUCUUAGCUGACAUCCUCACUGAUUUCUACUACUCUGGUAAGAACUGAUUUUUUUUUUACCUCAUUCAUUUUUUUUUGUUUGUGUCUUUGCCACAAGUUAUUUGUGUUGCACGGACCCUUUGCAAGGACACUUGCCCCUCCCCGUCCGUUUGUCUUCACAUUUAAGUGUGCUUCCGAUGUAACCAUCCUUUAGGUUAUGAACAGAACUUAAAUAAUUUUGUCAUUUAAUUUAUUUCCUUUAAGGUUUUUCGUGAGAAACCAAGCCAGUCUCAUCUGUGUUCUCCACCUUUCGCAUAAUGCGUUUUUAUAAUUUGAAAUAUCUCUUUUGCAGGUGAGGACCCUCCUUUGACAGAAUGGGAACAUUUACCCCCGAUUGGGCCACGCCCAUCCAAAGGUUAUGUGGGGCUCAAAAAUGCAGGGGCUACAUGUUACAUGAAUUCUGUAAUUCAGCAGGUACGUAUAAUGUUUAUUGUCUAAGUAUUUUUCAAUCUGUCUGCCUGUUGUAACUUUCCAUGAAAGAGAGCCCUCAGUUCCCAGUGGAGUGAAAGUUUACACGUUAGUUUUUGACUUCUUUGGUGAGUUUUUUUAGGGGUUUAAGUGAUUGUCUAAAGCAGGUUAAAUUUAAAUUUUUAAGUGACUUAGUGAAAGCUAAUGACAUCUGCGUGUAGAGUUGAUGUUCCCACCAAACCCUAGUGGCAGUUUUUUCUUUAGUGCACCUUAUUUACAUGAUAUAUGAAAUAAAAAUAAUUAAUAUUCUGUGGUUUUUCAGAUUACAAUCGCUAAUUUCAUUUUACAAAGUGCUUUGAAAUAUAGGAAUGUUUGUGUUAUCUUUGUGUUAUGUAUGACUGCGGCUAACACGUUAGCAUCGCUUUUUUCAGCUUUUUAUGAUUCCUGAAUUACGUGAGGGUGUUCUGAAAGUGGAAGGAGCUGCACAAAAAGAAGAAGAGGAUGGUGUGGACGUGGAGGAGAAAUCUGAGAGUGAGAACACCAUAGACACUGGAUAUCAGUCUGAAGACAACAAAGACAAUGAUAAGGAUACUGACACUAACGAUAAAGAACUGGAGAUAAAGAGAUAUCAAAUCAGUGUGCUUAAUCAGAUUCAGUUCAUCUUUGGACAUCUGGCACAGAGUCAGCUGCAGUUCCAUGUACCUCAAGGAUUCUGGAAAACGUUCAAGUGAGUCCAUCUUGCUUUUUCUUGAAUUUUUUUUUACUAACUGAAGCCUUGUCAGUCCAAGUUGCUGCCAUUGUUUGGUGACUGGUCUAUCUUACAUACAAACUUUUUGCACAGUGAAGCCUUUUGAUAUUACAAGGAUCAGUGAAUGCAGGAAAUGAAUUAACCACGAACUAUGAAAUAGAUUUCAUUCAGAUACGUUUUCAUCAGAACCAGUGAUGAACGUUUUCCAUUCAAAGUUGGUUUUCUGUAUGAACGUGGGUUUCUUUAAUGUCAGUCAACUUUGUUAGGCGUAAAUGAUGUUACUUUAGUAAAUGAUGUUCCUGCUGGUAGAGUUUGACUCUUAUAUCGCUACUUUGCAGGUUGUGGGGUGAACCAGUAAAUUUACGCGAACAGCAUGAUGCUCUGGAGUUUUUCAAUAAUUUGGUCGAUAACUUGGAUGAAGGUCUAAAAGCGCUGAGUGGCGACCCGCUGUUUUCCAACAUACUGGGCGGUAGCUUUGCUGAUCAAAAGAUUUGUAAAGGAUGUCCUCAUAGGUGCGUAUGGGCAUCAUUCUUUCCAACGAAAAAAUUCAACGUGCUAAGUAUCCUCUGAUCAAUUGGCAUUUGACUUGUAUUUCUACAUCCACUUUGUAUGAAAUUAGCGUUAAGUUCACUUCGGCCUUUGUACAGCAGAGGUAAAUAGUAUGAGGCAGUACACACAUAUCAGCCCAUUUUUGUAGAACUAAAACACUGCGAAUUAUCUUACUAACGUUACUCUGAACAAAACGUGACAACACUGUUGCAUUAUAGUUUAUUUGUAUCGCCAUUAAUUCCAUCGUGUCCUCUACCUUUCCUUGAUGUACAUUGGGUUCUGUUGCAUGUUAUAUUAUCCUUGCUGCAAUCCUCUCUACCACCAACUGUAUUCUCAGACGUCAUGGUUUUUUAAUUGUAAUUUAGUCAUGUGAUUCGUUUUACUUCAGGUAUUCCCGUGAAGCACCAUUCAUUGCUCUGAAUGUGGACAUUCGUAAUCAUCAGAGUUUAGUGGAUUCUUUGGAACAGUUUGUUAAGGGAGAUUUGUUGGAGGGCGCCAAUGCUUACCACUGUGAAAAGUGUGAUAAAAAGGUCAUUAUUAUUUCUGCUGUUCUUUUAACCUUAGUUUGACACUCGUGUAUUUCACAGUUCCUUUAUGGUCAGAUACAUUACGAUUUUAACGCAUAUGUUGUGGAAAAAAUAUUAACCAAACAGGGUGACAUCAACAGUUGUACUGGUGAAGUCGAUUAAUGCGUGUGGUUUGAGGAAUAAGAGCAGAAAGUGUCCUGAUUUACUUGCAAGGUUAAUGUGUUGACUAGUUUGCGUGAGUAAUGAAUGUUAUUUACUGUCCUGUUAAAUCUAGGUUGACACAGUCAAACGAAUGUGCAUCAAAAAGCUUCCUCGAGUACUGGCAAUUCAGCUGAAGCGCUUUGACUAUGACUGGGAAAGGUAACUUAGAGUCCUUUACACAGCUCCACUUGUUUUAUUCUUCAUGACUUUUAUUGACUCUUAUCUUAAGCAGUGAUUUAUUUGUUCCUCUCUCUCCCUCUCCCUUUCUCCCGCCCCAGAGAGUGUGCUGUUAAAUUCAAUGAUUACUUCGAGUUUCCACGUGACAUGGACAUGGAGCCUUUCACAGAGCUUGGUCUUGCAAAGCUUCAAGGUAUGUUCACGCAUCAGGUUAAAGAACCCUUGUAAAUCCUUGUUACUUGGAAGUCUUUCACCAGCCUUUUGAGUGUUUUUGAGAAAAAUCGUUUCUUCUGAUUUGGUUUUCAAACACACUCACUAAUAAUGCCGGAUACGAUGGAAGACUCGCACUUACCAUAACUAUUUGAUAUACCUUGUGAAGGGAAUACUUUACUUUCGUUCUCUUGUGUGAUUGGUAAACUUAGUUCAACGGGAUGUUUGCUUCAGGUGAGAUCGCUGAAAACUCAACUGAUGGUGAAGCAGAGGAAGAAAUAAAGAGUGAAACAACACGCAGCACGAAGUACCGGCUGGUGGGAAUCUUGGUCCACAGUGGACAAGCUAGUGGUGGACAUUAUUACUCUUAUGUCUUGCAGAGGUAGAACUCAUUUUACAACCUGUAUGCUGUUAAGCUUUCAGUUGCUUUCGUCUUUUUUGCUGCUAGAGAAGUUUUUAGGUACACGAUUUAAUCAGGAUUUGUAAAACAGACGAGAGUGAAAUACCAGCAAGUGAUACAGAACGAUGAAAUUAGAAGGCUUUGCUGCGUGAUUAAGGUCUCCUUAAGCGUGUAUAGUCAUUGUACUUUCUGUAUAUAGAGAAGUUUUCCAAUGGCUUUUGCGUUGAAAUUACUGAAAAUGCUGAAGACUUCUUGAACGUAAAGUAAGAUUUCAUUGAUAGUUAAGAGCCUAGGACAAAGGAAAAAAAUCUGAGUCCCCUACACGAAAUCGAAAACCAGACUUUUAGAAUCCGUACUCCGACCACUAAGCUCUCGAGAACUCUGUGGUGAGCCAAGCUAUUACUAGCUUCAUAUGUGACAUGCGCUAUGUACACUGCUAGAAUCAGCAGAUGGCGAAAAGAAUUUCUCCAUUAUGUUUGAGGUCUCUGUUUUUUUUUUCGUUCUUGGUAAAAUACCAAUAUUGAAAUAUUGUGCGAUUAUUUGGCAGAUACAUCUCAAUGUUAAGUGUGUGUUUGGUUAGAUCUAGAAAAAUCCUGUUUGUUUCUAGCAUCGGCUAAUUCUGUAGUUGCUUUUUUGUUUCCAGAGUUUCUCCAGAUAACGUUCCGAAAUGGUACAAGUUUGACGAUGGCGAGGUCUCAGAAUGCAAAAUGGAUGAUGAGGAGGUGCAGGCUCUCGUUACUUUGUGAAAUAAUAUUUUGGUGAAUAGGAUAAAGGUGUGGCUCGUACAUGUGCGAGCAAUCAUCAAUGUGACUUUCGCGAACAUUUCAAAUUCAAAUAAUGAAAGUGAAUGAUACAUGUUUUUUAACUGAUAGGAACUGAAGACUCAGUGCUUUGGAGGUGAUUACAUGGGUGAAGUGUUUGAUCACAUGUUAAAAAGGUGCGCAAAAUCGCUGGGUUCUUGCACUCGUGUUAUUCUUGUUACGGUUCAGUCAAAGUCACUUACUCAUUUUGUUUGCUAGGAUGUCAUACAGAAGGCAAAAGAGAUGGUGGAAUGCAUACAUCUUGUUUUAUGAACGCCUUGAUGUCAUGGAUGUAAGCAGAACUGUCGAUGUUGACAGAAGUGAGUACUGAUUUCAUAAAAACUGAAAACGAUAUAUACAUUAGCUUUGGGACGUGAUUUUCUUCAGGUAGAAUAUGAUUGUCACCCGAAAUCCUCUCUUGUUUUCAUUCCGUGCGUAUCUGUUGAUAUGUUACUAUAAGCGUCCUUGUCCUUUAUCAUGGUAUGUUGAAAUGAAAAAGCAUACCCAAGAACUUUCAUAUUUUAAAAAGAGACGUGUUUGUUUGAUUAUUUCACUUAAUUGCUCUGUGUCUUAGAUUGUUGGAUGCCACCAGCAAUAAAGAGAGCAGUUCGUAAACAGAAUGUGCACUUCCUUCACAACCGAAUCCAGUACAGCAGUGAAUAUUUCCAGUUCAUGAAGAAGCUGGUAACCGCUAAUGCUGCUCUGGAAAAUUCGGUGAGUACGUUGAACGUCAGCAUUGUAUCUUGCCUCAGCUCUAGCUAACGAAAGUGUUACACUAGGCGAUAACUCUACACAAUACUACUGUUACACGUUCAAACCUGUACAAGUCUCGUACUUGUGAAAAUAGAACUCAACGAUUCAACUAGCGGUUGCUAAAUUAAAUGAAGACCGUGUAAUUUAGUAACAAGAGCCGAACUUUAGGACGCUGAAGGCUGAAAAAAAAUGAAAAUAAAAAGAUUAGAUAAAUGAAAAACCCAGGUUACCGCCGCGACAAGUUCCCUGCUGGGAAAUAGACACAAGAAAGAAAAACUUUGUAAUAUAUGUACUUUUUCGUUCUUUAGGCGGAAAUGGAGCCUUUAGCAAUGACCAGCAUUCAGUUGGUUUCCAAGUUCCUUUUCACCACUGGCUUCCGAACCAAGAAAACCAUCAGGUCAUUACUGAAUUGUCAACAUUAUAUACCACCUGGUUUCCUUCACUUUUAGGGUCGUUUUCAUUGUGUAUCUUUACCUCUGUAGUGAAUACUCGAUAUCACGAUAACAUAGAUAUUAAACACUUUGACACAACGAGUGGCGCAACUCAAUAACGCUUACUGUGUAUGAAACCUGCUCUGACUGAAUGAACGCAAUCUUUAAUGAUAUGAUUUACUGAAUGGAAUGAGGAGUUAAUUGUUGUUCGUUUGAACCUGUCGCAGGGGUCCAGCGGGUGAAUGGUACGAUGCUGUGUGUGUCUUACUCAGACAGAGUAAGGCUGUCCGGGAGUGGUUCGCCAAGUUUGUGUUGUUCUCUCACCCUGAUCGCUUUUCAGAAUAUUUAUUGGAGUGCCCCAGUGGAGAGGUAAGAUAUUAUUUUCCUUCUAUGCAAUUUGGUUUGAUUUAUUUCAUUUCGUGCACGGGGACAGAAUGUUCGUGUUUCAUUGUUCCGGUGUCCAUUUCUUUGUGUUUUGUAGGUACGAAGUGCCUUUGCUAAGAUUUUGGUGUUUUUAGCUCACUUCUCUCGUCAGGACGGUCCGUGCUAUCCGUACCCGGACGACAAUAAACAGGAAUCAGGUUUGUUAAUUACAAAAAGCGUGUUUGAGUCACAUGGUUAAUAGUGGAAAUGUGAUGUUAUGUUUUAUUUUUAUAUUACAACACAAUACGCAUGCCUGAGGCUGCUUGAGGUUGGGUUUUUCGAUAAAUGGUGAUAACUACUGCAGUGCCUAUUCUCAUCACACCGUAAUCCUCAUAAGGAAUUUGCUGCAAAUUCGCUUAUAUCGUGCGAUAACUGUUUUAUGCAAUAUUGCGCCACAACGAACGUUUAGUGAUGUUUUGAGUUUAUUUAGUGUAUUCGCUACCAACUGUCGCUCCGUUGAAAGGCGUUAGCUCUUCAAAAAAAUUCAAUGGAUUUGCGUAAAGAUACACGUAAAAUGCUUUUUUUUCGUUGUCGUGCCGUUCUGUAGAUCUUGACAACAAAGCGACCUUGAGUGACCAUAUCCUAAGUGCUGUUCUUGGAUUACUGAAGAAAGAGGUUCCGGAGCACGGCCGUCACUUGCAACAAUACUUUCACUUCUUUCUCAUGUACUCCACUAUUGGCCCACCCGAGGUAUGAAACAGUAUCAUAGAUGUCGUGCUAUGAAUUAGAUCAAAAGUGGUCCCAUCUAGCAAAAUACAUCAAGCAAGAAGUUUUCAUUGUUCUGCUAAUCCAGAGAAUGUCUGCUUUGUGGUAAUAAUGAUUUUGGGCUAUUUCUGUGAGCGAUACUAGUACGAAUGUGCAAAGCUUAAAAUAACUCUUAUGCUGACUUAAACAGACUAUUUUAGCAGACCAAGUUUUAAUUUUGUUGUUAUCAUUGUUAUCAUUAUCAUUAUUAUUAUAAUCAUUAAUUUUUAGCAUUUUAAUUAUCCUGUCUUCGUAUUCACAAGUAACUUUUAUUUUCUUUCUUCUUGACAGAGACUUCAACUCCUACAACUUGGUGUUCCGGCAACUUUCAUGUUGGUGGCAUUGGACGAGGGUCCAGGUCCUCCCAUUCGUUACCAGUAUGCUGAACUGGGAAAACUUUACUCGGUUGUGUCUCAGUUAGUUCGCUGCUGUGACGUUUCGGCCAGAAUGCGCUCUUCUGUACCGGUGAGGAAUCCUGUAACUUGCAAGAAUUGUAUAAUUAGGAUUCUCCUCGCAUCAUAUGUGCUACUGAAUGACCGAAUGUAAAAAAGUUUGUAAUUCGGCCUUGAAAUAAAAAAGGCAACAACGAGCGAAAAUAAAAGUGUUUUAUGUAGCGGCAGAUGAGGAUUUCCAAGAAUUUUUUCGUUGGAAUCUUAUCACUAACACUGAAGUUGUCGUUGGUAUUUUCAGAACACGCAGCCAAGAGCGAAUCCGUUUGAUGAAGGGCAUCCAGUAAUGGAGAUUCAGCCUGUUGUGGCAGACAUUCUGUUCACCAAGGCCACGUUAGUGCUGCUAUUAUUGUUGUUGUUGUUUUUAUUUUUCUCUCUCUUUUUAUCACGACUUUUUUAAUUGACCCACAGAUACUUAAAGAAAGUGAUUGAAGACAGCACAACUUCAGAAGACACUCUGAAACUGUUAAGAGUAAGUACAUGACAGCCUUCCCUACUUGUUUUGAGAACUUAUAGCUCUUUAAACAGACUUCAACUAUUUGGUCAACAAGAUAAUUUGGAUUUUAUCAACUGAGUUGUUAAUGUAAAUUGCCACUGUAAAGAGUUUUAAAGUUGACGUUUCGAGCGUUUGCCCUUCGUUAGAUCGAAAGAUAAAGGGCUAACGCUUGUAACGUCAGCUUUGAAACUCUUUACAUAAGUGCUUUACUUAAGUGUAGUUACCGGAGAGAAUUGCAUCCAGGCCUGCAUCAAAACCUUUGUUAUCUAAUCCAGCACCUGUGAUUAUUUUCAGUUUUGCUGUUGGGAAAAUCCACAGUUCUCACGGAUAGUACUGAGCGAACUUCUCUGGCAGGUAAGUGUGGUAUCCUUGUGUAUUCGUUGAUAUACUUAUAUUUUUUUGUCGUAAGUUAACCCUUUUGCUUUUGUCCUCUUUUUAAAUUUUUUUUUCUUUAAUUAGUUUCUUGGUAUUACGGAUAAAUUUCUAUCAUCAAUUGAGGUUAAAAGAAAAAUAGGAAAAAAGACGCUUAACGAUGCCAGAACCUGAACAAAACAGCUAACAAAGUGUAGCUUCUAUUCCAUUAAGAAGCGCUAUCCGCCCUAUCUUUUCAUCUUUUUACUCAUCUUUGUACUAUCUUUUUACUUAUCCCUUGUUCUAAGGUGGCAUUUUCGUACACAUAUGAGCUGCGACCAUACCUAGACUUGCUUCUGCAAAUGAUGCUUAUAACAGACUCCUGGCAGAGUCACAGAAUUCAUAACACUCUUAAAGGUAACAACAGUGGUUGAUUUACACAUGUUGCUCUUUGUUUAACAAAGCCAUUUCGUAAUUUCGGUGCAUUACCAGAUUAACUUCUACAUUCAUGCGAGAACCCCCAUAGUAACAUUUGUUCGUGUGAACUUUUUUUAAAUCGCCGAUUCCGUCUUUCCCGAGAACGUCAAUCACGCGUGAGGCCAUCUCGAAGUUUAGUGUCAAAUGAGUGCUUUUCAGAUUUAGAAAGGAAAGUGGUAACGGUUCAGACGAACAAAACAUUUUAAACACAACAAGUUUUCUUAGUGAAACGGAUUCCCUCUUCUUUUGGAGUUGAAUGCUGGUAUAUUUGUUUGUCCAGGAAUUCCAGACGACAAAGAAGGUUUAUUUGACACAAUUCAGCGCUCGAAGAAUCAUUAUCAGAAGAGAGCGUAUCAAUGCAUCAAGUUCAUGGUCACACUCUUUUGCAGGUCAGUAAGUAAUUGUUGGAACAUAACAUUCAAACAUCUGGUUACCAAGAAAGAAACCCAAAAAAAUUGGCCACGGCCGUUGCAGCAGUUCCUUCGGGCUCUGAUCCUGUCGGCUAUUGUGGGGCAAACACCCUUGUAUGUUAUAUGAUUAACCCUUUAACCCUUGAGAGUGAUUAGUAACUAAUAUCUCCCAUCAGCAUCACCCGUAAAACAAACAUUGAUCAUCCACUAAGGGGUUCUUGAUUUUUAACCAAAUACUCCUUGUUAGUACCAUAGGAAAUGUAUGGAAAAAAUUAUGGAGAAAAUGUACUCUGAUGUUAGGGUGUAAAGGGUUGAUUAGAUACAAAGCUUUUAAUCGCUUCCUUUGUAAUUGUUUCCUCAGCUGUCCCCUCGCGCACCAGAUUCUCAUGACGGCACAGGACCUCCGCCGGAAGUGGACAUGGGCAGUAGAGUGGCUUAAUGACGAACUGGAGAGGGUUAGUUCUCUCCCACAUUGGUUUCCUUCUUUUACGUUGUAUCAUAAUGAAAUAUUUAUUACAGAAGUAUUUAAUUCCAUUUUAGGACUACAUUUUAGUUUCUGCAUUCUAGGCGAGUCUUUCACGAGACAUUCUUUCAUAUUUCGAGAAAACGUAAUUUUACUUAGGAAAACGUUUCGCUCGUAGCUUCUCAAUCAUUGUAGCUACCAAUUGUUUAUUGAAAACUGCUCCGUGUGUCGGCUGCAUUUUUCGAAUUAUUAUUAUUAUUAUUGUUCAUGCUAUGAUUGUCAUCAUAACAAUUACUAUUUCUUUAUUACUUUGUUUCAGCCGGACAUUUCUAGCUGUUGUUUGUACAAUCAAACUUGCUACAAAACUGUUAAUGCUUGUGAUUGCUUCACAGACAACAUUGAAUUCUGACCCGUCGUUGUAUUUUAAUUACUUUCCAGAGACCGUACACUGGAGGCACGUCUUACACGUACAACAACUGGUCACCACCGGCGCAGUCCAAUGAGACUUCCAAUGGGUACGUCGCCGCCUGCCUUCUUUGUUUUUAUUUACUUUAUAAGACAUUGCCAAAGUUGAGCAUAAGUCAGUUCAAGAGUUUGAAUGAAAACUGCAAGAAAUAUAGGAAAUUUGCGUUUCUAUACAAUUUUCCAAAAUUACGUGCUUUUUGUUUGAAUUUAAUUGUUUUUUAUAUUAUUAAUUUUUGAAAAAAAUUUAAUCCAGGUACUUCCUUGAACGAUCACACAGUGCACGACUCACACUCGCCAAGGCUUGCGAACUGUGUCCAGAAGAGGUAAAGUGUUCUGUUUGUUUAUUUUAUAUCUUUGAACACAACAUCAGAAUAUUCACCCUUAUUGUCUCUGUACUUUCUCAGGACCAAGAAGAGCCCGAGGGGGACGUAGAAGGGGAAAAUGGGACCUCUGCAGACGAGGCUUCCCCAAAUGCUGAGCGCUCGAGUCCCCGACGGAAUUCUGAAGACCAGUCUUCUCCGAUCACUGAACAGAUUCCACCCUUAGACAAUAGUGAUACUGUUGAUAAUGAAUCCACGACCAAGCUGCUAAAUGAGGAGUCCGACUGAGCACUAAGUGUGGUAGAGCCUAAUGGAUAUUUCUCUGAACUGCAGUAGCCAUCACUGGGCUGUUGUCUACCGGUUGGUAUCUCCAUGGCAACUAGCAAGCCACGAUUGCGUGGAUACAGUGGCAUUUGUCACACUCUGACCCAAUCCUAUCACGGACAAGAGACACCGCGUCCGUACUUGGACGUAUUUACUUUGAUUGUUACAAUACCUUGGCGUCGAAGUGGAAAAUGCUAAUUUAUUUUUUUAUUUAAUGUAGAGGGCCGUUUACUUUGACAUAACGACUCAGUUUUGUAGUAUUUUCAGAUGGUGUUUAUAUGCGAUGCUCGAUUGUGGUGUAGUUUCAAUCCGUUGUCUUUGUGUAGCCCUCUCUCUUUCAGUCUGACGGGGAUAGAAUAAUCACAAGCCCGAUCAGCAUCCGUUUGUCAAGAAUUCUCUGUGUUCUGUAAAAAUUUUAAGAGAGAAAAAAAAUGGAAUAAUUCUAGAGCCUAUAAAAAGUACCAAAUAGAAGUAUUGUCACCUGUUCAUUUCUUGUGGUCUAUUUCUUGAGUGAGAGGAAUAGCGAAGUAGGUAGAUGGGAAAGGUUAUGGUUGGUUGUAUUUUGGCUGAAGGAGCUCUAGUUCCCACCGUGGUGGCGAUUUGCGGUUGGGUACCAAAACUAAUGCCCUUUUAAUUUUGAAGGCUUUCAGCUUUUUUAAACACUCGAACCUCACCAGAUAGCGAACAGUGACGUAACUAAACAGGUGUCUCGGUUCCAUUCAGCACCCAGGGAAUAGCUCCUCCAAUGGACCUUAAUGGAAAAUACCUUGCAUUUUGAUUUUAGAUAUAUGGAAAUUCAUAUAUUUGCACUGCGGUGGAGAGAUGAAAUUAAGAGAAUUUUUAAAUUUUGAAACCUGAAUUUUUUCAGGUCCAAUUUACAACUACUCGUUUCAGUAGUGUUCUUAGCUGCGAGGAUCUCUUAAUUUCAUCAUACCUUGCAUGUGUUUUUUUUGGUUGGUUGGUUCGCCGUCCGUGUCCUCCAGAUUCUCGUUAAGAGUCGUGUUUGUUAAGCCUACAGAGUACAGAAAAGUACUUGCAUGCAAAAUGCGAUCUUUAUUAGCUAGAUCCACGACAAGAGGGAGGUAAUGGUUUAAUGGAAAGCAGUCUUUUAUGAUUUUUUUACACCUGGUGGACAUCACAUACUUCAUAUGCACACUUUUGAUGAGACUGAAAUUUACGCUUCUCAUUGUUAGGCAUGAUAAGGUUUGUGCAUGGUGUCUUGUGCAAGAUAUGUUGCGCAAGAUGGGUGCAUGGAUGGUCUGGCGAGCUCGUAACAUUAAACUUCGUGG